AUGUUCAUAUCGUACUAUAAUUUAAUUUUUACUCUUCUAGUUUUCAAUUUCCCGGUUGAUGUUUACUCACACACAUUCUACAAGGAUUCUUCUCUUAAAUCUGACCAUAGUCUUCAAUCUGUGCAUUACAACGGCAGCGUUAUUGGCGAACUAUCCACUUUUGAGCUCCAGAAGCUCUUCGACACCAUCCCGCCCCUCGACCACGUCGUUUUAUUUUACAUUAACUUGAACAGUGACUGCAGGAACUUCUUCCCUCUGUACUCUCAGCUGUAUCGUGACUUGUACUCUGAGGGCUAUAAAAUCAAGUUUGUCAAGUUCAACUGCCAGGGCCUCGACAAGAGAAUUAAGAUAUGCCAGAAGUACAACAUCAACGUCGUGCCCACCCUCGUCUACGUGUCCAGCUACCGCAUUCAGAGGAACAACAUUCCGAGGACCUCCUUCGUCAGGAGGUUCCUGCGGUACCUCUUCUUCGACAAGAACUCCGACGUCAACUUGGCCAACGCCACCAGGUUCGUCCGUGCUCUCAACUUUUCUCUUAGGUACAAGGGUGAGAUUUUUGCCUACGACCAGCUUCACGACUGGGUCUCUCUGAUGUAUAACCUGUCCACUUUCAACCGACGGUUCGGCACCAGGAGGGACUUCGUGAACUCUCUCAGGAGCCUUUGGAACGAAUUCAUUUCUAUUUUUAAACGCUAA